UCAGAUUCUCCUCUUCGUCUUCUUCUUCCUACUGUCUCUAUCUUCGUUUCGUGAGAUGGAAUCUGCGGCUUCGGUGGAGGAUCCGAGCGGCGGCGCCGUUAUCGACGAGAAGUAUGAAUUCUCGACGCCGAGGUGGUUCGAUUUCGCGAACGGGGAAACGGACUGGUGCUUGUUUUGGGUUAGGUUAUUUUUCCCCUUUAUUUGAUCCAAUCAAGUUAUAAUUCUUUGAAUAAAAAUUUAAAUUUAAUUAUAAUUGUUAUUUUCUCUUUAAUUAACCGCGUCCGAAAGGGUAACAUAAGGGAUUCCCAAUGUAUAAAAAAAAAAAACAGUGAUCGAUCGUCCAUGUGACUUAAAAAAUAAUAGCAGUAUCCUUAAUUCGUGAAAAAAAGGGUGUUUGAACCCUGAAUUGGUUUCGUGCAUAUUAAAAUCAUAACGAACAGUUUCGGAUAUAAGCAAUUUAGGCUAUUCUUUAUUCGUAUAUUACAUUACAUGGGGAUCACAUCAUGUGAUCAAACCCGACCCGUAAUCCAACUGAAUUAUGCUCCAUGGGUCGGCCCGUUUUCGGCCCAAUGGUUCUUUAAUGUUCACCGGUCGUUAUAUAAAUUCGCGUCCCUCUCCGGAUUUAUACUGUUUCCGCUUUUGCUAAAACCCUCGCCCGGAAAUGGAAGCGCCGGCGAAGGGGACGGUGACGCCGUUGGCGUCUAUGUUUCCGGAGGAUGAGGCGAGGAAGGCCGCGAAGCGAGUGGAGGAGAAAAUCGGAGAGAAGCAGAACGAGAUGAAUCGUCUCGAUCAAUUUGGUGUCGAUAACGCUAAUCUCAUCAACCUCGUCAAGAAGCUUCCUGACCAGCUCAAUCACGAUGUAAUGGUUCCGUUCGGGAAGCUGGCGUUUUUUCCAGGUCGAUUGAUUCACACCAAUGAGUUCAUGGUGCUGUUGGGCGAGAAUUACUACGCUGAGAGAACAUCAAAACAAACCGUCGAUGUUUUGAAGAGAAGAGACAAGACUCUGAAGUCUCAACUUAACUCGCUUAAAGCUGAGAUCGAGGAUCUUCAAACAGAGGCUUCAUUCUUCGCAAGAACUGCUUCAGAAGCGGCGGAAGGUCUUGUCGAGAUUAGAGAAGAGUAUGUGGAGGAAAGCUCUUCUGGAACUGUGACCGAAUCAGAAAAAGAAGAACCCCAUGGGUUUCCCGAAAGAGAAAAUGUUAAAGACGAAGUUAAAGACGAUGAAUAUGAGCGAAUUCUUGCCAGGUUAGACCAACUUGAAAUGGAAGAACUGAAGGGAGAAAACGAGGAUGAUAGAGAUGAAGAACAUGAUUCCGACACAGAAAGUGCGGAGUACUAUGAGAAUAAUGUUGAGGUAGGAUUUGUAGCUGAAACAAAUAGCAGCAGGGUUGAAUAUGGGGAAUCCGGUUCACAAUUUGUCGGGCAGAGUGAUCGUGAUGUUGGGGAACGAGAGAGAUCUGUACCGGAUAAGAAGAGUUCAGGUCAUAACUUCCUCAAUCGGGAGCCGAGAUAUUCAGAGUCAUUGAGAUCAUUUGGUAUUGGACCAAGAGGCGAAGACGCUGCUAUUGGAAUGUUAGCGGAGAAACAUCAAGGUCACAAUGAUUUGGAUGAGCGGAUGAAUAGUACAGGACUAACAACACAAUAUUUCUGCAAAGAAGAUAAAUCAAGUGGUGGAAUUCAUCCGCAAAAUGUAUUUGGAACAUCGACAAACGAAGUGAUGGAACCUACAGUUUCAAGAGGAAAGGAUGGAACCAGUGUUGUAGGUCCACAGAGGAACGAGUCACUUGUUCAGAAACCGAAGCCUGAAUUCGAUAGUCACAAGGCUUUCACGGGAUCGAUCAUAGAGCAUGCCCGUGAUCUGGAAACAGAGAGACAGAGCCAAGUUCAGUCGUCGAGGGGUUCCCAGCCAUCAAAGCCUGUUUCAAGAUUCAAGGCGCAGAGAAGGUAAUAAUGCCCUGAUCGUUGCCCAUUUGCGUAUGUUGUUGUGCCGUAUGGAUUUUUGGCAUUUUACGUGGAAUGUUGUUGUUACUCGUUGAUGCUACAAGCACAUGCAUGUACUUUACUUAUUUUGUGAUGGAUCGUCUUUCCGGGGGACAUUACUUCAGGUCUAUCCAAAUGACAUUGAAGACACACUAAGUUAAAUCA